ACUCCCAGCUCCGAGCCGCGAGAGAGCGGAGCGAAUCGAGCCGCUCACACGCCGCCGCCCCGUGCGCCCAGCUCUCCCCGCGCGGCGCUCCAGCCUGGAGCCGGUGCCCAGAGCGGCCGCCCGCGGAGCCCGCGCCGGCUCCCCGCUCAGCGGCAGCAUCCUCCUGCCGCCCGGCCCCGCACGCUCCCUGCCUUUUAAAAGAACCUUCCGCCGCUCCCUCGCUCUGCCCCGGGAUCCCCCCAGUUCCGCGCUUCUCCCCGCGCCACUUCGCAGCAACUUCGGCGGCCGCGCGCCGCCAGCCCUCGCCCGCCUUUGAAGUUUGCAGCGCCGGCCGCAAAGUUGAGACACUUCGGCCCAUUUCAUUUUUCUCCUUUAUCCGCCUCCUCCUCCACCCACCUCCCCCAAGUCCCUUUGGUUCCUGAGUACUGGUGCUUAGCAUCUUGGCCGGAGCCGGGGACGUGGCCCCAUCACACCUCGGGAAGGGAUAUUUCCUCUUCCCCCCAGGAAAACAGUUUUUUAAGAUGGUGCCUCUCCACUGGUGUAUGCUGUGGUUGCUGUUACCACUCAGCUCCAGGACCCAGAAGCUACCCACCCGAGACGAGGAGCUCUUUCAGAUGCAAAUUCGGGACAAGGCGUUUUUUCAUGAUUCGUCAGUAAUUCCAGAUGGAGCUGAAAUGAGCAGUUAUCUCUUUAGAGACACACCUAAAAGGUAUUUCUUUGUGGUUGAAGAAGACAACACCCCACUGUCAGUCACAGUGACUCCCUGCGAUGCGCCCUUAGCGUGGACGCUGAGCCUCCAGGAGCUGCCAGAGGACGCGAGCGGGGAAGGCUCAGGGGAUCCAGAGCCUCUAGAUCAGCAGAAGCAGCAGAUCAUUAAUGUGGAAGGCACAGAGUUAUUCUCCUACAAAGGCAACGACGUGGAAUAUUUCAUAUCUUCUAGUUCUCCAUCUGGUUUAUAUCAGUUGGAGCUUCUUUCAACAGAGAAAGACACACAUUUCAAAGUAUAUGCCACCACAACUCCAGAGUCGGACCAGCCCUACCCUGAAUUACCUUAUGACCCAAGAGUCGACGUUACCUCCCUGGGAUGCACCACGGUCACUUUGGCUUGGAAACCGAGCCCCACGGCCUCUUUGCUGAAACAGCCCAUUCAGUACUGUGUGGUCAUCAACAAGGAGCACAAUUUCAAAAGUCUCUGCGCGGUGGAAGCGAAGUUGAGUGCGGACGACGCUUUCAUGAUGGCACCAAAGCCCGGUCUGGACUUCAGCCCUUUUGACUUUGCCCACUUCGGAUUUGCUUCGGAUGCUUCAGGUAAAGAGCGCAGCUUCCUGACAAAGCCGUCUCCGAAACUGGGGCGGCAUGCCUACUCGAGGCCCAAGGCUGACAUUCAGAAAAUCUGCAUAGGAAACAAGAACAUCUUCACCGUCUCGGAUCUGAAACCCGACACGCAGUACUACUUUGACGUCUUCGUGGCCAACAGCAACAGCAACAUGAGCACUGCUUACGUGGGCACCUUUGCCAGGACCAAGGAAGAAGCGAGACAGAAGACAGUUGAGCUGAAAGAUGGGAAAGUUACAGAUGUGUUUGUUAAAAGGAAGGGGGCAAAGUUUCUACGGUUUGCUCCAGUCUCGUCUCACCAAAAAGUCACCUUCUUUAUUCACUCUUGUCUGGACGCUGUCCAAAUCCAAGUGAGAAGAGAUGGGAAACUUCUUCUGUCUCAGAAUGUGGAAGGCAUUCGACAGUUUCAGCUGAGAGGAAAACCGAAAGCCAAAUAUCUCAUUCGACUGAAAGGAAACAAGAAGGGAGCGUCUAUGUUGAAAAUACUAGCUACCACCAGACCCAGUAAGCAGUCAUUUCCCUCUCUUCCUGAAGACACACGCAUCAAAGCCUUCGACAAGCUCCGUACCUGUUCUUCGGCCACCGUGGCUUGGCUAGGCACCCAGGAAAGGAACAAGUUUUGCAUCUACAAAAAGGAAGUGAAUGAUAAUUACAGUGAAGACCAGAAGAAAAGAGAGCAAAACCAAUGCCUUGGACCAGAUACAAGGAAGAAAUCAGAGAAGGUCCUCUGUAAAUAUUUCCACAGUCAAAACCUGCAAAAAGCAGUGACCACAGAAACAAUUAAAGGUCUUCAGCCUGGAAAAUCUUACCUGCUGGAUGUUUAUGUCACAGGACAUGGGGGGCACUCUGUGAAGUAUCAGAGUAAAGUUGUGAAAACCAGGAAGUUCUGUUAGUUACCUUGUAUAGAGAUAUAUCACUUAGAACUCCAGGAGAGACAUUAAAUCACUUUAAGUAUAAACUGACUACUCCCACAGCUGAGAGAAGUUGUGACCUGUACUUGUACUAUGGAAGAAAGGAUAUCAACUGGUGUAUAUUGAUGUUUAUAUAAGUAAUUGUUGGAGGAGACUUGGUCUAGUGUGCCCCAAUGGUACCUAGUGUGCAUCUGAUAUCCACUGAUGUCAAAGAGAAAGGACAUCUUGAAGGAACUGCCAUCCCUUGCUUUGACCACUGCAUGAACUGCUUCUAAAUUAUUUUAUCACCUAAAAAUUUUGAAUAUGCCAUUCAUUGCACACAUCCACAAAUGCAAAUUAUUCCUCUCAAUAGAUGCUAGGAUAUAUAUAAAUUAUUUUAUAAAGUCUUGUUUUAAAUGUCAGUGUUUCUAUGAUUGUAAACUAUUAAAUUCUUUUCCUGUUAAAGUACGGAUCUAAUCUAAGUAUAUUAAGUGGACAGCCCUUUAGU